AUGGCUUCUGAGACCAAUCCGACGUUCGAAGUUGGCGACCAUGAAGCUUUCAUGGAGUUUGCCCUCACUCAAGCCAAAAGGUCGCCACCGGCUGGCAACAAGUUCUGCGUCGGGGCUGUACUUGUAGAUGCAGCCAAAGGCAAGGUCUUAUCGACAGGGUACUCGCUUGAAUAUCCGAGAGACUACAAAGGAGAUCCGGGUACCACACACGCAGAGCAAUGUUGUUUUAUCAAGAUCGCCGACGAGCACAACCUUCCCGAGGAACGCAUACAUGAAGUCCUUCCACCAGAUACUGUGCUGUACACAACCAUGGAACCUUGCAAUGAGAGGCUGAGCGGCAACAUGACUUGCGCGACCAGAAUCUUGAGACUCAAAGGCGCUAUCAAGACUGUUUAUGUGGGGAUCAGGGAACCCGGAACGUUUAUUGCAAACAAUGACGGACAGGAAAGACUCGAGGCAAACGGUGUCAAGGUCGUGUAUCCUGUCGAACAUUGGCGUGACAGAAUCACGGAGAUCUCGAUGGCCGGCCAUUAA